AUGGCAGGAACAUCCAGGGCAAUGACCCUCCUCGUUACCAUCCUGGCCUAUCUGGCCCUGAUCCCCAGUGUCGCUGGUAUGGACUUCGUCUCUCGCAAAGGAUGGAACGCCCGCGCACCCAAAGAAGCCUACACACCCAUCACGAAUCCCAAGGGCGUCAAGGUCCACUACCUGGGAACGAUGUUCACCGGACGCAAACACUCGGAAUGUGCCGCGUACAUGCGCUCCGUGCAGGAUGAGCAUAUGGACGACUCGCCCGAAAAUUACUUCGACAUCGCCUAUAGUCUGGCAGUCUGCGAGCACGGGUAUGUCUACGACGGGCGCGGCAAGGGACAUCGCAGCGGCGCCAACGGUAACCAGCAGUUGAACAACGAUCACUACGCGGUGCUGGCCUUCCUGGCCAAGUACGGCGUCAACAAGCCCACUGAUGACCAGAUCAUGGGUAUCCAGGACGCUAUUGCGUAUCUGCGUCGUGCGGGCGCCGGAAACGAGAUCAAGGGCCACAAGGACGGAUAUAACACCGAAUGUCCCGGAAAGCCUCUCUACAAGCUGGUUACCGAUGGGUCACUUGAGCCGGGUAAACUCUGGGAUGGCGGAUCUCAUGUUGUCAAGAAGGGAGAAGACCUGGAUGGUAUCAGCAAGAAGUAUAACGUGCCAAAGAGGCAUAUCAUCACCGCGAACGGGCUUAAGAAGCCAUACGAUCUGAAGACGGGGCAGAAACUCACCAUCCCUGCGCGAGGUGUGCCUCUGGGCAAGAAUGCAUCCGCCAAUGGUGAGAGCGAGGGUGGCAGCGGUGAUGACAAGAAAAUGCAGCCCUUCCCCGGUGCCGAAUGGUUCAAGUCGAAGCCGAAGAGUGCGGUCGUCACUGCCAUGGGAAAGCGACUGGUGGAGGAGGAUUGCAAUCGGUAUUCCAAGGAUGGACCCGGGGCGCAGUGGAACGACGAACAUGUGGCGUCGUAUAAGUGCUGGCAGAAGAAACUGGGAUUUACUGGCGCCGCGGCGGAUGGACUGCCGGGGAAAGCUACCUGGGAGGUGUUGAAGGUGCCUCACACUGAAGCUAUUGGCAAGUAG